AUGCUGGGUUUUCUGCUGCAGAAGUCUUUUGGAAAUUUUCGGACUGCCACACUUAUAACAAAGUUAAAACCCACCAAGCCAUCAUUAUGCUGCUUACCAAAGCGAUAUCAGGUCACUUAUGUGGAUCCUAUUACAAGAGGAAUCUCUGAUGCAGCCCGAAAGAAGGUCGGAUAUUGGCUGAUGGGAAUGGCUGGACUAACUUUUGGUGUCAUCAUUGUAGGUGGAGUAACUCGCCUUACCGAGUCUGGUUUAUCAAUGGUUGAUUGGCAUCCAUUUAAAGAAGUACCGCCUCGUACCGAAGAGCAGUGGCUUGCGGAAUUCGAAAAAUAUAAACAGUUUCCAGAAUAUGAGCAUGUUUUGAGAGAGCAUGGGGAAAUGACACUAUCUCGAUUCAAGUUCAUAUGGCACAUGGAGUAUGGCCACAGACAACUGGGUCGCCUUAUUGGUGUUGCCUAUGCUAUACCAGCUGCACUCUUUUGGUACAAGGGUUACUUCAAUAAGGUUAUGAAAAUCAGGGUAGCAUCAUAUGGUGCUCUCAUUGGAUUCCAGGGUCUUUUAGGAUGGUACAUGGUUCGCAGUGGAUUAAAAACACCCCCGCGGCCAGCUGGUUUGGAUCCAAACGAGGAAUUCGUCGGUGUUCCACGUGUGAGCCAUUAUCGUCUCGCAGCGCAUCUCUCAACUGCAGCCAUCCUCUACUCUCUCUUCUUGUGGGCUGGUUUCAGCCACCUGUUUAAGCAUCCACAUGUUGUGCGCUUUCCCCAAUUGAGAAAUCUAAAGAUCAUGGGUCACUCUACCAAAGCAAUGAUGUUCACAGCUCUUGUCUUCGGUGCAUUUGUGGCUGGCCUGGACGCUGGCUUGACCUACAACUCUUGGCCCAAGAUGGCUGACCGCUGGAUCCCAGAUGAUUUAAUCACUCCCACUUACGGCUCAACUAAACGAAAUUUGGUUGAAAAUCCCACUGCUGUUCAAUGGAUGCAUCGCAACUUGGCCUACCUCACCUGUGGCUUGGCAACCGCAACUUGGCUAGCCACUCUCCGGGUGCCGGGUGGCCGAAAAGUCACUGGACAACGGAUGCGCACCGCUGCUCAUCUCAUGCUAGCUGCUACUGUUGGCCAAUCGGCCAUUGGUAUAUUCACGCUGUUGAAUUAUGUCCCAGUCUGGCUUGGUGCAAUGCAUCAAGGAGGCUCGUUGGUCCUCCUCUCGGCCAUUCUUUGGUACACACAUUGUAUUAGAGCCAUUCCUAAGUAA